AGUAUAUAUUUUCAUUACUGUCUGUUUUAGGAGGUGUGGGGGCCAUUUGGAGAUUGAUUCUUUCAUAACUUAAUAAUUUUUUGGUAAUUUUUCCUUGCAAUAGAUGUAUAUCUACAGUAGUUUUAUGUGAAAAUAGUUUCAAAAAUUGCAUUUAUGGAUUCUUGUAAAAGCGUUACCAUUACAUCAGAUGAAGAGGGAUGUAUGCCGAAAAUCAUCAAUACAGUAUCCCUCCAAGGAACUGAAUUGCAGUUCAAUGACGAGCCAGAGAACGAAGAAGAUCAGAACCUGCUGUUCCCAGUAUGUGAAAUUAAGGAGAUUACAACAAAUGAAGGGAUCAAGACUGAGCCUGUGGAAAACGGACUCUCACCGUGUCCAAAUGUCAAUGAAAAGAAAAAGGAAAAGAAGAGGCUUACAUUGACACAGCUGCCUCCUGUAAAACGUGAGAAAAGCUCCCACAUUAGGCCUUCUACGUCGAGAAGAGAUGACGUUGUUGACGCCAAAGGACUGGCUUUGCAGGAGAGCCUCUUCAAAACCAAGGAACUUUUUGAUACUUUCCUGAGGGUCUGCCAGGACCAUGAAAACUCAGAGCAGAUGGAGCGGGUGGUGCAGAAGAUGACUCGUGCGUAUAGAACGGCCAAACAAGAGUUCCUCGGCUCCUUGUUCUUCCAAAACAUUCUGGAGACGGAGACAGAGAAAGUCAACACUUCCAACACCAAGCCUUGGCUCAAUCUCAUGCUUGUGAUAAGCGAGCUGAAACACAACAAGAAAGGUGGUAGCUCUAAACUCAAAAUAGGUGAAUCGGAGGAGAGCCAGGACGCAGGAGGCAGCAAUGAUGAUGAACCAGUCAUUGAAUGUCCCAAAAAACGGAGGCACUUAAAGAAACUGGAAAAGGUUUUGAGGGCGAUCAAUUUGAAGAUCAAGAAGAUUGAGGAAAGAGAAGUAGAUUGGGACGACGAGGAUAACUCAGCGUAUCUUAAACUCGACAGGUAUCGAGAACAAUUUACGAAGAUAUAUGCUAAGAUUUGUGAAAUAAAGGGAAAACUGCCAGACGCUGACAGGCCUUACCUGAGGAAGGUCUCGUUUGCAGGAACGACAUACCCACACAUCAACCGAUGCAUUGAGAAGUUUUACAACAAGCAUCGAGAGUUCCCAGACUUCCAGGACAUCAAGAAGCUGGUGACUCUUGCUCUGAAACAGGAAGGCAUCGAGAUGCAGCCAAUCAAGAUACAUUCCAUGGCUCAAGCAGCAUUCAAAGAGUUUGGGGAGAUGCUGAAGCGGCUGAGACAGUAUGAUGACUACGAUGUUCUUGUUUCCUACCUCGACCAGCAAGUAGACCCAGCACGAGACAAUGAGGAGCUGCAGGAGCGAUUAAACCAGAACGCAUUGCUGUUCAAGAAGAAGGAACAGGAGGUCAUAGAUAAAUUUGCUGAGCGAGAGAGUGCUAAAGAUCUUGGCUCUGAUAGUGGGGAAGAUUCUGAUGAGAAGCCAAAGAAAAAGCGAAUGAAAUUAAUCAAAAGUUCUGAUCCAAAAAGAAAACCCAGUUCACCAACUAAACAUCACGGAUCUAGUAGUGAAAGUGCAGAUGAAGAAAAGGAACAAUCAAAGCCUAUUACAGGUCUUAGUAGUGAUGAUGAGACUGAUUCUGAAGAAACCUUUAAAAGAAUAUUUAAAUGCAAGGGUAAAUCCCUGAUAGGUAAACAGAGGAUAGUUAAAAAGGGUGUUGCAAAGAACUCUCCAAACAAAUCUAAGAAGCCAAAGACCAGUAUAAGUAGUGACGAGGAGAGUGCCCCAGGAAAUACCAAAGAAUCAUUGACCAGUUAUUUGGGUUUGACAGGUUCAUCCAGUUUAUCUGCAAAAAAAGAAUCAAAGAAUGUUUCAGUAAGUGAAGAUGAAACCCAAAGGUUGGCUGGAGGAUCUCAUAACCCAAUGAGAAAUGCGUCAUCAGACAACUCCAACAAUGAUCAUCAAUCAAGAUCAGUAGUAGCUCAAUCAAAGAGAAAUGGCAUAACUAUCAGCAACGAUUUUAGCAAAAGUGAUAUGAAUAUCAACACAAUCGCUGACAGUGAUAGUGAUGUUGAACCAAUAGCGGUUGUUACCAAAAGUCCGCCCAAAAGUGAAGCUGCACGAAAACAUAAACCGAACCAAGCAAGAAAGAGCACUGGUCCGAGAAAUCGUAGCGUUCCUAUGAAGCAUGUUCCCGAAACAAAAAUCAACACACACGAAACCAUUAGUGAUAGUGGAAGUGAGAGCAGGACUAGUGUUGAGAGUGAGAAGAAGAAACUAAGUGAUGUAGAACUUUCACCAGAUUCGAGUGAUGGAGGUGAGAAAAUGAGGAGAGAAGCAAAGGCUGAUGAUGAUGAUGAUGAUGACACCAUUGUUAUCUUGAGUGAGGACGUCCUUGAGGAACCAAAGCCUCAACAAGACAGCAGUGACAGUGACGAUAUAUGCAUCCUCUCUCAAAUUGAAGUCGAAAGGAGAACUGUUGCUCCGAGGAAGAUGAAACCUAAUAGUGUCACGGCGAGUGGGACCCAGCUGCGGAGACCGAGUCAGGCUACGUCGACUCCAAACAAGAACAGUAAACCAAUCAUGAAGCGGAGGUUGUCUAAUCAAUCAAACGAUGAUAGAAGCACAAAGACGCGGAAGUUGAAUUUGUCGAGCAAUUUCAAUGGCAAACAAACGCAGUUGCCUCAGAUGAUCAAUGGAGCCUCGCGCAAAGUGUUGAUAUCACGAGUUACCAAGUCGGGCAGCAGUAGCGGCAAAAGCACCCCCGACAGUAUACCUCUCAUAGAACUAGAUUAGCUUGAAUCUUUGUAAUUUAUUUAUAUGUCAAUGUGAUUUUUUAAUAUAUUAUUUGUAUUAGUAGUUUUUUAUUAUUUUAAUUAUAUAGAUAAGGAUAUUUAUUUUUAUAUUUAAAUUUGUUAUCUAUUUAGGACAAAUCAUGGGUUUGUAAAAUGCCAAGAAAUCAAUUGUACAGAAUAUACUACUGGCAGUACUUUACUUUAUAUUAACAGA